GUUAAGAGCAUUCUCACCACUCUCGUUCAAGGCCUGUCCAUCCCCGUCACAUGCAAGAUCCGCCUCCUGAAUAACAUGGAUGACACUCUGGCACUCUGCAGGACCAUAGAGCAGUGUGGGGUGGCAGCCCUUGCUGUCCAUGGGAGGACCAAGGAGGAAAGGCCCAACCAUCCCAACCACAAUGACCAGAUUCGAGAGAUUGCCAAUGCACUGAGCAUUCCUGUCAUUGCAAAUGGUGGGUCAAAGGAGAUCUCAUGCUACGAGGACAUAGAAAAGUUUCGCCAAGAGACUGGAGCAGCCAGCGUCAUGAUUGCACGGGCCGCCAUGUGGAACUGUUCAAUCCUUAGGCCAGAGGGAUAUCUGCCCAUGGACACUGUGAUAUCAAGUUACCUGAAAUAUUGCACUGAUUAUGACAACCCUUUUACAUAUAGCAAAUACACAGUCCAGAACAUGUUAAGGGAACAGCAAGACACCUUAAGAGGAAAAGCUUUCUUGGAAACUCAGACCUUGCAAGAAAUCUGUGUCAUAUGGGGCCUUGGAGAAUAUUACAAGACCGAGCAGGCAAAGCAGGCAAGUCUCCGCCUUGCCCUCAAUGUGGAAAGGGAGAGCGGCAAAGUGUCCAUGCCUCCAAGUGCAGACCAUGUGUCCAUUGUGGAGAAGGUGGAGGAAGAGCAGAAAGUGGUAGAGAUGCCUGUGCAGUUCAUAAGAGGGAAUUACAACAAUGCAGAUUUGCCCAAGAUGUUACUGAAUACCUAUAUAUAUCGCAACCAACUGUCAGGGCCUAAAUACAGCCAUAUCGUUUAUGACAAGUUCUUCGCAGCAUCAGUGGUUGUUGAUGGCAUUAAAUAUAGAUCAACACUCAGGGAGAAGAGCCGAAGGUACUCGGAACAAGGGGCAGCCAUGGUCUGCCUCCAUGCCCGUGGUGUUGUCAACAAGACGUAUGGCUUUGUGCCUGCUGAUGGGGCCAGGAAGUACCAGUAUGUGAUUGACGAGGCAAACAAAGCAAGGGAGAAAGGGGAGAAGAGGGAGUCCACAGAAAAUGACAAGAUGGAAGAGAGGAGCAGUAAUGGAGACAGUGCAGAGCACAAGAAGUGCAAGUUGGAGAACGCAGUGCUGACCGAAAAUAGCAUAAUUGUUAAUAGCGGGAUAUCUUCAGAUGUAGCUGAAUGCAAUAUCAAAGCUUCAUGAUGAAUAUAAUCAUAAUUAUUAGGUUUCCUAUUGACUCCUUUUUAGAUACAAAACAAAUAAGUAUUUUUGAUGUCUAUGCAUAGAAGGAAAACAUGGAGUUUUAGAAUUGUCUCUUCUUUUGUAUGUGUGUAAGAAAAAUCUUAGUGAUUCCAGGCCAAAUUAUAUUCUCUGGAAAUUGCUAUAUGAACAUGUACUUAGAUAAGGAAAGGAAAGUUUGAUAUUUAUUCACAAAUUCAUUUAGCUGUUAAAAAAGAUAUAUGAAAUGCUUUACUUGAAUACAUACAUGCUGUUGUGUGUGUGGAUGUGGGUGCAUGUGUACAUGCAUGUGUGUGUAUGGGUGGUUUAUGCGGUGAAUGCUUGUAGCUAUGUAACAUUUUUCAAGUCCAAACCGUAGAAAUAUAAGGUUGUGGAAAAGCAUGCACAAAUAACUCAUAAAUAGGGCUACUUGAAGGGAAUUUUGACUUCAUUUAUGUUCAUAUUCUUUUUUAUUAAAGUAAAAAUAGGUUCCUUUUCCUCUUGUGUUAUAGGAUAUAUGAAGUUCACAAAAAAUGUCCCAUUACAAGUAAUUUUCAGGCUAUAGAUUUAUUACGUACUUUUCAAUGAUGUUUAUUUCAUAGUGACUUUUUCCCCAGUUUGUUUUGCGUACUUUUGGCUGUAUUUAUCAUCAUUAUUAUCUUUGGCCUGACAAUCAUGAAAGAUCUUAUCAUUUAUAUAUUUGUAUUGGAUGUUAUCAAUAUUAUUGGUAGUAUUGCUGUAAUUACUGUUAUUCUCUCUGUUAUUAUUAUUAUUAUGGUUAUGUUUCU